AUGAGCCAAGAAUUACAAAGGCGCUUGAACCAAAUCUCCGUUGCCCGCAAACAAAAAGAAUUUCUGGCUAAACUCAAAACUUUAACUUUAUUCCCUCCGGCUUUGAUUCACGAGGAAAGAGACAAAAAAGAUUUUCUGACCGAAGAAGACCGAAAAUCAUUGAAAGAUUGUCCAGGGAGCAAAAUUGCUUAUUUAGUCAAUUUUUGUCAAACCAACUCGCAACAAAGUUUACUCAUUUUUUCUACCCGUACCGAAACCUUUUUGGAACCCUUAGCCCAGGCUUUACAAGAAAAAAAACUAAAAGUAGCUUUGCUUACUGGUAAAAUUCCUCACCAGCAAAGAAUUGAAUUCAUUAACGAUUUUCAGCAACAAAAAAUUAAAAUUUUGCUCUGUAAUAUCCAAAGUGCAGGUCUGGGACUAAAUUUAAGUCAAGCCGAUAUUGCUGUUUUCGCCGACCGCAGUUAUUCCCCGGCCGACAACGAACAAGCCGAAGCCCGUUUUUUACCCACCAAAGAGAGCGAAAACCCCAAAACUCGCUUAAUUAUUGAUUUAGUUUGCAAAGGGACAAUUGACGAAAAAAUUUUAACUCUCCUGAAACGAAAAAAAGAUAUUACCAAAAUAAUUACCUCUCACCCCGACGGAGGAGAAACCGAAAUCCCUCUCUCUGACCCCGAAGUAAAUGUCCCUGAACCCGGAGAAAACGACCCCACUCCUGAGCCUGAUUUUGUCCCUGACCCUUCUGACCCCGACCCCUUUGACCCUGACGAUGAUGAUGCUGAUUAA